AUGGGGAGCUUUUUCAAUGCCAGUUUCUCCACGUCUUCUCCGAGUACACUUUCCAAGACUUUACAAACUAUUGUUUUAUGUCCAACAUUCGUAGCAAACUUGUUAGGGAACGUCUGCGUUUGCCUGGCUGUUGCUCGUGUGCGCUCCCUCAAACUUAGGCCUAGCUCCUCUAUCCUUGCCAGCCUAGCGGUCUCAGACCUCUUCAUGUCAUCCUUCCUCGUCUUCCGUUUAAUCUGGUUAUACGACUUGAAAGCAGCGUCUCAGGUUUGCCAAUGGUUCUUAGUUUUGCUGGGAGCACUAACGUACAUAAGUAUUCUUCAUAUUUGCUUUCUCAGCUGCGAUCGCUAUGUCGCCGUUGUUUAUCCGCUUCGGUACAUGACAAUCAUAACCAAUCGACUUAUCAAAUGGACCCUGAUGAUGUGCUGGUGUGCUCCAACGCUAUCUCUACUGAUGGUUCCCAUGGUAUAUCAGAAGGCUGGCCGUGCGUCAUUCAGGUCAAGCUUGCUUGGUUGUUCUGUUUCGGACAGCACCAGUGAUGAGCCUUCACUCUUUCACGGAGUCCAUCUUGUCUUCAACAUCUCUUUUUUUGUCUUGAUUCCUUUCGUCAUGAUGUUGUUUGUUUACAGUCGUAUCGCUAAGAUCUCCUGGUCCCAGAGCCACCGACUUGAACCCGGAGAAAACUUGAAUCCCGAAACUGCUGAGUUGAGGAGAAGGAAAAGAAAAGAGAUGAAAUGGAUGAAGACUAUAGGUAUGAUAUCUACCCUACUUCAAUUUUUGUCAAUUGCAUGCUAGUCUCGCUUGGGGUGCAAGGGGUCUGAGGGCUUUGCCUCCAGCGGCCCCUCCCUCCCCUCACCUCCCCUGCCUUAUUACAGCCACCAGGCUAGGAGAUUAAACAAUAUAGUAAUUAAAAUAAAUGUAUUCAUUGCCAGAAAUAGUGGACAUUUCGCGCCCGUGAUUAAUUGUCAGCGGAAUCUCAUUUCCAAAAUGGCGGACAAAAACGAUCGUAGUCAGGGAAAGCGUAUCCCCUGGGAUUUUUUAAAUAAUUUGAGCUCUGUGGAUCUGUUUUACGAAGAAAAAAGCUGGAAUGAAACUUCUUGCAAGAAAUUGUUAGGUUUAUACUCGGCCGAGCGGCUGAUAGCAACAAAACAGUACGCGGCUGUACCUUUCGUGACAUUUUCGUGACAUUUUCGUGACAAUAUUUUGUUUUAAAACCAAGCCUGGUAUUCUAAUCGAGGAUUUUUGAAUGCCUGGAACCUAGUUUAUAUCCCGUGAAGCAUCUCUGGAGUUGUAGCAACAACCAAAAUGGCGAUUCGGUGAGGUUUGGAGUUGUGAAGCUUUGUCCGACCGAAAUAAGUCAUUCGCAACUAUGGCGUCCAUUACUGGACUACAGAUGGAAAACUGAGGGAAAUAAUGCGCCUUUGGAAGUAUUUUCCAGUGCAAAAAUCGUCCUUUUAACGACUGUUUUGGAAACAUCUUCCAUCGCAGAAGUGAUAUCGAGUCGUGCAAAUUUACUUCAGUGAAGGGUUUAUCCUCUAAUCGACGAGUAUUUCGCAUGACUUCGGCAAGAUUUUAAGACAAUGUAUGGAGAAAUGGAGCGUACAACGAGAGAUAAAAGUGGCCACUUCGGGAAGUAAGUAAACCUACUUCUAAUUAGCUAUUUUUAACCCAGAUGCGAAGGUUGCACAGCACUUAACAUGUUUCGAGUCGUGCACCGAACACCCGUGAGCUCAUAAUCGAUAUAUUUGAAAAAGUUUCCUUUUCUCCAUACAUUUUCUUAUACGAAUUCGCAGCCAUUGUGGCCUUGGUGCGCACGCGCAACCGCCAUCUUGUCCCUAAUUUCUGGCAAUGAGUAUGAGUGGGCAUUGUGACAGUGACUCGCAAUCCGGUGUUCCCGGUUUCGAAUCCAGCUCUGACCACUUGCUGUUCUCGGUUGUCCGGAGUUCAAAACCUCGGCUACGCUCGUAAAAAGCCAACGGGCAUGGUUGUCUCCUGUCAGUUAGGCUUUUUAUCCCUGUUGUGUUUCUAUUUGUUUGUUUCUAAUUAUUUAAGUGGAGUGCCUGUAAACUAGCUGGAUGAGCUAAGUGCACUCUCCACUAUAAACAAACCUUCAACUUUUAAGCUGUUUUUAACUGAUUAUCUCAACAGUUAUGGUCCUUGGUUUGUUCGCUCUUUGCUAUCUUCCGGGAUUCGUCUCCGUGGUAGUCUCAGUCAAAACCGGCAUGAGUCGAAUCCCUGUGGUACUCCGAGACACUGUUGUACUUCUGAUAGUGGUGCAGAGCGUGCUCAACCCAAUUAUUUACAUGGUCAGAUCGAACGAGUUCAAGCGUGCUUUCCUGAAAUUUUUCGGAAGAGCUCCUGUUGUACCCCAGGUUGAAAGAAAUAACACCCUGACCGCGCGUUCCCCUCCGUCACGUAUAGAACUAUCAGUUGUAUGCCAUGUGCGAAAUGAUCGCGGCGUGCCAUCGUUAUUAGUUCAACCAAUCCAGGAAACUCCUCUAGCGGCAAAAAUUGCUGGAGCAUUCCUGACUAACCCGUCCCUCCAUCUGUCACUUGACUAUUGCCAUGACGAUCGUCGACCAUCAUUCCUAGCUGUCCCAACUCCUGAUCCUUCAUCUCCAUCGAGGGAACAGAUUGAACAUUUCUUUGACAAUGUGAGCUUCCGCUUCUAG